AUUGUAUUUAGAAAAUUCUAUCACUCUAAAAUAUUCUAUGAACGCGGCAAAGAAUUAAGAGCCACCACCACAGAAAAAAAAAAACUCCACACCUGGUUUUCCAGUGCACCAUCAAUGGCGAGAUCGAUUCUCUGCUCGCAUCUGAUUCCUUCCAUAUCGUCAUCCGUUCCGCUCAAGUCUUCUCUCCUUCUCCAAUGGCCAAAUCUCUCAAAAACCUCGCACUCGAUGCUCUUAAUUAACCGGCGGUUCUCCGCCGCAAAGAUAAGCAUGAGCCUCCGAGCCGGCAUUGUCGGCCUCCCCAACGUCGGCAAGUCCACUCUCUUCAACGCCGUCGUUGAAAAUGGAAAAGCUCAAGCGGCAAAUUUCCCCUUCUGUACAAUAGAACCGAAUGUAGGGAUUGUUGCUGUUCCAGAUCCUCGUCUCAAUGUGCUUUCAGAGAUCAGCAAAUCUAAAAAAGCUGUCCCUGCAUCCAUAGAAUUUGUUGAUAUUGCUGGCCUCGUAAAGGGAGCCAGUCAAGGGGAGGGUUUGGGUAAUAAAUUCUUAUCGCAUAUUCGUGAAGUAGACUCUAUAAUCCAGGUGGUGCGCUGUUUUGAAGAUAAUGACAUUAUUCAUGUGAAUGGAAAAGUUGAUCCAAAAUCGGAUAUCGACGUCAUCAAUUUAGAGUUGGUCUUCUCAGAUUUAGAUCAGGUUGAGAAAAGAUUGGAUAAACUCAAGAAAAGCAAAGCUUCUAACCCACAAACCAAAAUGAAGGAAGAAGCAGAGAAGUCUGCACUGGAAAAAAUCGUGGUGGCACUGAUGGAUGGAAGACCAGCUCGAUCAAUUUCUUUAACUGAUCUCGAAAAGGAUGGUAUAAGGCAUCUUUGUUUACUUACUAUGAAACCAAUCAUAUAUGUGGCAAAUGUGGCAGAGUCUGAUCUAGCCGAACCUGGAAGCAACUCUCAUGUUCAAGAUGUGACGAAUCUUGCUUCUGAAUUGCAAUCUGGACUAAUAACUGUCUCAGCACAGGUUGAAGCUGAGCUUACAGAACUUCCUCCGGAAGAAAGGAUUGAAUAUUUGGCCUCUCUUGGAGUCAAUGAGAGUGGCCUAGGAAAUCUCAUAAGGGCAACUUACAACCUUCUAGGACUGCAUACUUAUUUCACCUCCGGCGAAAAGGAAACAAAAGCUUGGACGAUACGAUCAGGAAUGACUGCACCUCAAGCAGCUGGUGUUAUACAUUCCGACUUUGAGAGGGGCUUUAUUCGAGCAGAAACGGUUGCUUAUGACGAUUUUGUCGCUGCUGGUUCAUUUUCAGCAGCAAGGGAGAAGGGACUGUUGAGAUCCGAGGGAAAAGAUUAUAUCGUGAAAGAAGGGGAUGUGAUGCUAUUUCGGUUUAAUGUCUAAAUAGGAUAUUUAUUGAUGGUGAUUUUUUUUUGGCCUUGCUCGGAAUCUCUUACAUGAAGAUCACGAACCCGCCGAUGAGGUGGAUCGGACCAAGUCGGAAACAUGCGGAUUAGAUAUUAAAUGUUUUUUAUUAUUGUUAUUUUACUUAAUGAAGCAUUUCAUUACCAUUUGUUUUCUAGCAAGGGAUGUCAUUUGUACUAUCUUUUUGUUGAUGAGAGAAAAUCGAAAGAAAUAUAUAUAGGAUAUAUAUAUAAAGAGAACCCAAAUUUGGUGCCUACAAUUUGUUGAUUUUGGAACAAUAUUUUUUCAAUCCAAAUUCUGAAAUCCGACUUCCAAUUUUCCGAAACUAUUUGGAUCCGAAUUGGAAUAUAUGAGAUUCCAA